UUAUCACGUCCGUCUUCGCGAUCAACAUGGCCGAGUUUGAAGGGGCAAACGAGCUACAUCUACCAUAUGUGGCCAAGUACACGUUUGGCAUUGGCUUUGCCAUCUCUAUCCCCUUGAUCUUGGUUGCGCUGUCUGUUGAUGACAUUGGAGACGUCUGUCAGGAAGGCAUCCGGCGAAUGCGCCGAUGGAUGUCGCAGAAACGAGCUGCUGCAUCCCCUGCUGGUAUGCAGGAUAAUAAUAGACCGACGGCGUUUGAGAUCGAGAAGAUUCUUAGCGCUCGUCGGUCUCGGAAGAGUGUUGAGAUGGACACGGACUUUGCGGGCAGCCUGCUUCCUGUGUCGACACGAGGGACUACUCGGACUGUGCUGUCCCGUGGAUGAUUGAGUUGAU